UUUACGCACGCGUUUUCCAGGUGGAAGUUUGUCCGCCCCGGGACGACUGCUCAACCCCGGAUCAGGACAGGUGACAGUCCCAGCAGGCUGCCUCCGAGGCCACGUCGAUACGGGCCGAGGAAACGGGGCUGAGAGCGGGGGAACGAGCCAUAAUGCGCCCGCUGUGUGACUGACUCAUGGGUCAUGGAUCUUUCCUCUAUAUACGGACAUCCCCAAACACCCAGCUGACCUGUCACUGGCCGCUGUCGGAAUAACGCUGUGCGCAUUUUUUGGAUCUGGAGAGCACCACGAUUAUGACGCGGAGCCAGAGCACACCGGAGGCACCAGCGCUGCCCCUUUAAACCACGGAAUAACCACGGGAUAAUUACUUGGUGAAUUCAAACUAAAUAAAUUAAUAAUUCGCUACGAUGAAGGAGAAGUCCAAAACGGCCGCGAGGACUAGACGCGAGAAGGAGAACAGCGAGUUUUAUGAGCUCGCCAAAAUGCUGCCGCUGCCGUCCGCCAUCACGUCUCAGCUGGACAAGGCCUCCAUCAUCCGGCUGACCACCAGCUACCUGAAGAUGCGCAUCGUGUUCCCCCAGGGUUUGGGCGAGGCCUGGGGACACACGAGCCGGUCCCGCUCUUUGGACAACAUCGGGCGAGAGCUGGGCUCGCACUUGUUACAGACAUUGGACGGUUUCAUUUUCGUCGUGGCUCCGGAUGGCAAAAUCAUGUACAUCUCUGAAACGGCGUCGGUGCAUUUGGGAUUGUCUCAGGUAGAGCUGACCGGGAACAGCAUUUAUGAAUAUGUGCACCCGGCUGACCACGACGAGAUGACCGCUGUGCUCACCCCGCACCAGCCCUACCACACGCACUUCCUCCAAGAAUACGAAGUGGAACGAUCCUUCUUUCUGAGGAUGAAGUGCGUCUUGGCCAAAAGGAACGCGGGCCUGACCAGCGGAGGAUACAAGGUGAUCCACUGCUCCGGGUACCUGAAGAUCCGUCAGUACAGCCUGGACAUGUCUCCAUUUGAGGGCUGUUUUCAGAACGUGGGGCUGGUGGCUGUGGGUCACUCCCUGCCCCCCUCUGCGGUCACCGAGAUCAAGCUCCACAGCAACAUGUUCAUGUUCAGGGCCAGCCUCGACAUGAAGCUCAUCUUCCUUGACUCCAGGGUGGCAGAGCUGACAGGUUACGAGCCUCAGGACCUGAUCGAGAAGACCCUGUACCACCACGUGCACAGCUGUGACACCUUCCACCUGCGCUGUGCCCACCACCUCUUGCUGGUGAAGGGUCAGGUGACCACUAAGUACUACCGCUUCCUGGCCAAACACGGGGGCUGGGUGUGGGUCCAGAGCUACGCCACCAUCGUUCACAACAGCCGCUCAUCCAGACCGCACUGCAUCGUCAGCGUCAACUACGUCCUCACGUGA